GUGUUGGGCCGGGUCGUCAGGGGGACGUACCCUGGGUCGACGUCGCGCAGUCCGGGUUGUCGCAGCCUGGGUGGCUCUUCACGCCUCACUGCGGCGUAGCCUCGAGUCCCCCGAGAUCCCAGCGGGGUGUGGGGAGGUGAUCUCACCACUCACUGCUCUGUUGGCAGUUUCCAAAUCUCUAUCUCAGAUUUCUCUGUGCAUUCCAGGUCCUUCCAUUCAGCAGCCUCUUGGAUAUCUCCCACAGGAUGUUCUCAAGACAUACAAGAAUUAAAUUCUGAAUAAGUCUACAGGUAGAAUGGACAGUUAUUUUAAAGCAGCUGUCAGUGACUUGGACAAGCUUCUUGAUGAUUUUGAGCAGAACCCAGAUGAACAAGAUUAUCUCCAAGGUGCUCAGAAUGCAUAUGCUUCUAACCACUGCUCAGUUUCUUCAGAGUUGGCUUCCUCACAGCUAACUUUACUGCUAUCAAAGGACCAGAGAUGUGUUAGUAGCUCUCCAUCACCAGAGACAUGCUGUGAAACAAAUGAGGGCUUUCUCAAUGAAAAAAUGCAUGAGGGAUUAACUUCUAGACAAAGUGAAAAAAACGUGACAGGACUUGAUCUCCUUUCUUCCGUGGAUGCUAGUACUUCAGAUGAGAUCCAGCCUUCAUGUAUGAGACAAUGUAGUAAACCGGUCUGUGACCUGAUAAGCGACAUGGGUAACUUAGUUCAUGCAACUAAUAGUGAGGAAGACAUUAAAAAAUUAUUGCCAGAUGACUUCAAGUCUAGUGCAGAUUCUUUGAUUGCAUUGGAUUCAUCCUCAGUUUCAGAUUCUUUGACUGGGUUGGAUCUGUCUUCAGUUUCACAUGCUCUCUGUGUUUCUUCAAUAGACCAAGGCAGUGAUACUGUACGAGAACAGAAUGAUGUGAAAGCUGAGUUCCAAAGCAGAGAAAUUAGUGGAAUCAAAAAAUUGGGUAUAGAAGUAGAUGCAGCACUUUCAGAUUCUUGUAAAUACUGUGGCACAGAAAAUGUAAAGAAUCAAAAGAUCUCCAAUGAGUUAGAGACAGUUGUUGAUUUUGACAUGUCAUCUUCUUUGACUGAACAAAAUUCUGAAAUAUCUGAAGCCAAAGACAACCCACAACACAAGAGCCUGCCGUGUGAAUCGUUAAAAGACGAUGGCUGUUUGACAGAAGAGAAAGUAGAGAUGGCAGCCACAGAUACAAAGUGUUUAGAAGAAGGUAGCACAGUUGCUUUGCCUUGCAGUAUUCCAGAAAAUGAAGGUAUAUGCCUAAGUGACUCAAGUUCAAGAGAUGAAAAUUUCAAAUUACCUGACUUUUCCUUCCAGGAAAAUAGAACUGCUGUAUUAAUGAAACAAUCUAUAAAAGAAGACACAGUAAAUUUAGACCUUAAAGAUACUAAUGAUGUAGAACAGGUUUCCUCUUCAUCUUUACAUGUUUCAAGUGAAGGUGUACCCUCUCCAUUGUCCUGUGUUCCAUUGUCUGGAUCUUUGUGUGGAUCAUUAAUUGACAGUAAUGCACAUGGUGAUUUUUUACCUCAUGGUGAACCUGAAGAUCAUAAAGAAGAUGCAAUGACUAUACACGAAGAAAUACGGAAGAGUGCUAUUUUAGAUGGGGAGUCCCUCGGGGAGUAUGACCUUUUGAAAAGGAAAAAGUGUAAAACCUUAUUUCUUCUGCCAGUAAAUGACAAGAAAGGGCAUGGAAAGGCUUACCCUGAGCAGGUGGUAAACAGAGGCGACCCUUUGGAGGAUCUUGAUAACACCAGUUCUGUGGCUGCAGAGUCUCAAAUGGCACUCUCUGGGGCUAGUGCCCCAGAGUCUCCUGAUCAUUGUGAAGGCUUCACUUUUGCAAGCAGUGAUAUGGAUGGACAAGAGUUAGAUUACUUUAAUAUUGAUGAAAGCAUUAAAAGCAGCACACUGAUUAGUGAUGCCGAACUUGAUGCUUUUCUGACAGAACAGUAUCUUCAGACCCCUAACACACAAUCUUUUGGAGAAAAUAUAAUUGAUUCAAAGCCUCACAUGAAUGAGAUAGAUGUGAAAGGAUUUAAUGAUGAAAACAUAAAUGAUCUAUACUUCAAUGCUGAAGCAGGAGCUAUUGGGGAAAGUGAUGGUGUUGUGAUUUGUGAAACAGUUGAUAAAGAAAAUAGAAUAGAAAAUGGUAGCCUUUCUUUAGGGGGAAAAAGCACAGUUCUAACUGAGCAAGGGUUACCUAACAGUAUGUCUGAGAUGAUGAAUGAAUUGCCAAUCUCCAAUAUUAACAGCCAAUCUGUUCCUGUUGGAGGGGCUAGACCUAAGCAGUUGCUUAGCCUUCCAUCAAGAACAAAGAGUCCGAAGGAACUGAGUAAGCCAGAUGUUCCAAAUAUGCCAGAAGAUGAACCAAGCACAGCAGAUAGCAUUGCUACAUCCACUUGUACUGCAGAUUGUACAGCUGACCCUCAGGUUAGCUUCAACUCUAAUUACAUUGAUAUAGAAAGUAACUGUGAAGGUGGAUCCAGUUUUGUAACUGCAAACAAGGAUUCUCUGCCUGAAAACAUUUGCAAAGAAGGCUUGGCUUUGGGCCAGAAACAACCUACUUGGGUUCCUGAUUCAGAAGCUCCAAACUGUACGAACUGCCAAGUCAAAUUCACUUUUACCAAAAGGCGACACCACUGCCGAGCAUGUGGGAAAGUAUUUUGUGGUGUCUGUUGUAACAGGAAAUGUAAACUUCAGUAUCUAGAAAAGGAAGCAAGAGUAUGUGUAGUCUGCUAUGAGACUAUUAAUAAAGCUCAGGCAUUUGAAAGGAUGAUGAGUCCAAGUGGUUCUUGUCUUAAGUCUAAUCAUUCUAAUGAAUCCACCACUGUCCAGCCACUUCAGGAGACCCAAACAUCCAGUAUGUCUUCACCUACAGCUUUGCCAGUUUCUGCACUGAAACAACCAAAUGUUGAAGGACUGUGCUCCAAAGAACAGAAGAGAGUAUGGUUUGCUGAUGGCAUAUUGCCUAAUGGUGAAGUUGCAGAUACAACCAAAUUAUCAUCUGGAAGUAAAAGAUGUUCCGACGAGUUUAGUCCUGUCUUACCUGAUAUACCCAUGAUUGUAAAUACAGUGGACCCUAUCCAUUCUACAGCAGAAAAACUAAACAGUGCAGUAGGAGAUUUUACAAGAAAUGAGAUAACUCGGAGUCCUAUUUCUCAUGUUGCAUCUGUGGAAAAACUGCCUAUGAGCACAGACACUGAAGGUUUACCCACUUCUGGUCCCUUGACACUAGAAGAUGAUGUUUUUGUGGAUAUUGAGGAGCCAUCUAGUCCCACUGGUGUCCUUGCUAACAGCAGUGUACCUGCUGCUACUAUCGCAGACUAUAGGUUAUUAUGUGGCAUUGCCGAAUGUGUGUGCAAUAAGUUUAGUCUUCUGCCUGAUGAUGAGGUCACUCUGCCUCCUCUUCUGGCUACAUCUGGGGAAGAGGGGUCAGUUCCUGUAGUACAGGAGUGCCCAUCUCAUGAGCAGGUCAUUUUGCUUCUUGAAGGCGAAGGAUUUCCUCCUGUUACAUUUGUUCUAAAUGCUAAUCUACUUGUGAAUGUCAGAUUAGUAUUUUAUUCUUCAGAUAAAUAUUGGUUCUUCUCAACCAAUGGAUUGCAUGGCUUGGGACAGGCAGAGAUUAUUAUUCUAUUGUUGUGUUUGCCAAAUGAAGAUACAGUUCCUAAGGACAUCUUCAGACUAUUCAUCACCAUAUAUAAGGAUGCUUUAAAAGGAAAAUACAUAGAAAACUUGGACAAUAUUACCUUUACUGAGAGUUUUCUCAAUAGCAAGGAUCAUGGAGGAUUCCUGUUCAUUACACCUACUUUUCAGAAACUUGAUGAUCUCCCAUUACCAAGGAAUCCUUUUCUUUGUGGAAUUCUCAUCCAGAAAUUGGAGAUUCCUUGGGCUAAGGUUUUUCCUAUGCGUUUAAUGUUGAGAUUAGGUGCAGAAUAUAAAGCGUAUCCCACUCCUCUAACAAGUGUCAGAGGCCGAAAACCACUUUUUGGAGAAAUAGGCCACACUAUUAUGAAUUUACUUGUUGAUCUUCGAAAUUACCAGUAUACCUUGCAUAAUAUAGAUCAGCUGUUGAUUCAUAUGGAAAUGGGAAAAAGCUGUAUAAAAAUACCUCGGAAAAAAUACAGUGAUGUAAUGAAGGUAAUAAACUCUUCUAAUGAGCAUGUCAUCAGCAUUGGCGCUAGUUUCAGUUUAGAAGCAGAUUCUCAUCUAGUAUGUGUACAGAGUGAUGGAGCUUAUCAAACCCAGGCCAACAGCGCCACUGGCCAGCCGAGAAAAGUGACAGGUGCAAGCUUUGUAGUAUUCAAUGGUGCUCUAAAAACAUCUUCAGGAUUUCUUGCUAAGUCCAGCAUAGUUGAAGAUGGCUUAAUGGUACAAAUAACUCCAGAGACCAUGGAUGGCCUACGGCUAGCUCUACGAGAACAAAAGGACUUUAAAAUUACUUGUGGGAAAGUUGAUGCUGUAGAUCUCAGAGAGUAUGUGGACAUCUGUUGGGUAGAUUCUGAAGAAAAGAGAAAUAAAGGUGUUAUUAGUUCAGUAGAUGGAAUAUCAUUAGAAGGCUUUCCAAGUGAAAAAAUAAAACUUGAAGCAGAUUUUGAAACGGAUGAGAAGAUUAUAAAAUGUACUGAGGUCUUCUACUUUCUAAAGGACCAAGAUCUAUCUAUUUUAUCGACUGGUUAUCAAUUUGCAAAAGAAAUAGCUAUGGCCUGUAGUGCUGCCCUGUGCCCUCACCUGAAAACUCUAAAGAGUAAUAGAAUGAAUAAAAUUGGACUCAGAGUGUCCAUUGACACAGAUAUGGUUGAAUUUCAGGCAGGCUGUGAAGGCCAGCUUCUGCCCCAGCAUUACCUAAAUGAUCUCGAUAGUGCCCUGAUACCUGUGAUCCACGGUGGGACUUCUAAUUCAAGUUUGCCACUAGAAAUAGAAUUAGCGUUUUUUAUUAUAGAAAACCUUUUUUAGUGAAAGGAUGUGCCAUAUUCUGUGUUGUAAACUGACCUGUUAAAAUGAAUCCCAGCACUAAAGCUGAAAUGCCACAAACACUAAAUGUUUGAUGAUUGAAAUCUAUAACUUUACUUUUAAGGCAGGAAUGAUCUUUCAGAAUCAUUAGCACAAUAUUUAAAUAUCUAAAAAUGUAAGGGAUCCAUCAUUUUUAAAGCUUUAUACUUACUAUAAGAACUAAAAAGACAAAGAUUUCUUAAAACUUAAAAUUUAUAGUAUUUACUGUGUUAUGUAAAUGUUACACCAAAGUAUUUGCACUUAGUUAUACCUCUUUAUGUCAAGAAUGAUUUUAAUGAAGGAAAUAUUGGUUUUGUGUAUAUGCCAGUUAGAAUACUGGUUUCUAAAGUCUGUUAAGAUGUAUUUCAGUAGCACAGACCAGUUUUGAGAUCUUGACUUAUAAUUCUUUGAAUAAAGCCUAUAAUUUAUUUGUAUAAAUGGAAUGGAGACCUACCUCCAUGAUUAGAUAAACUCUGCUUGAUUAAAAUUAGAAUUUUGUCCUUUUUUCUUCUCGUUAUUAUACAGAUAUUUUUCUGAUUAAAUGGGUACUCUUAAAAUAAUUGUGGGUGCUUUGGGGCUUUGUGCUUCUGUUUAAGUUUAUUGUUUUCAUAGCAACAUAUGAUUUGGAAUGUGUUUUAUAAAUCUUUCCUAAUUUACAAGUAGUUAAUAUUUUUGUAUACAGUACAUUAUCUUUCCUCCUUCCUUACAAAGUAUUUAACACUUCUAAUACUGACGACAGGCCAGAUGACCCUUGAGUAGUCAUUAUGUAGCAAUAACUGAAGCCUGGAACAGCUUUAUUUUUUUACUUCCAUGUUAAUUCUUAAAUAUUUCUUUACAACUCUACAUAUUUUCAUUGACAUCAAUGUAUGAAGUAUAAAUUUUAACAAAGUUGUUACUUUCGCAUAUUUUAAAUUCUUGAUAUGGUAGUUAUUUUUUAUAAUGGGAUAUUUAACAUAAGUUAAAAGCUGUUACAGAGCUUUCUUGUUUAAUUCAAACAGGAAAAAAAAAAGAAAAAAGUGUCAUUUAUUCUAUAAAGUCUAAUCAUUAUUUUAAUGCCUUUUUAUUAUGGGGAAUAUAUUUUUUGUAUCAAAACACUCACUGUAUAUAUCAAGAAAAAGAAACCACACUAAAUAACCCUGUUUUAAGAAAAAUAUUUAUAAAGCAUCUCAACUUAAAGAUCAAACCAAGUCCAUAACUCAGGAUCUAAGGUCUUAUAGGAGAGACCAAAAAUUGUAAUGUGUCUGGGCAUUGUGGUCCCUGCUGAAUCAUAUUUGUAGUACUAGCCAAAGAUGUAUUUGGAGAAUAUCAUUCUUCUGGAAAUAGCUACUUUCUAAACAAUGUGAAAUGUGACAGAUAUAAAUAAAAUGGCAACAUAUAACUCAUGAAAUUUUUUGAAAUGAUACAAAAAUUGUAUGUCGGGCUCAAUUUAUGUUUUAAUGUGUCUAUUUCUCAGUAUAUUAUAUGCUUAUUUUGUAGUAUAAUUGUACAAUUUAUGAAUAUUGAACUUAGCAAGCAGUUGCUGACUCUUCCAUGAUAAGUAACAUUGAAUUUGUUUUUGUAAAGUAUCUACACUUGACAAAAAUCAGAAUUCUGCUUAGAGUUUGGAGGCAUAUUUCAAAGCAUUUGUUGGAGAUGGAAUUUUCUGAAUACAUUUGCCAUAUAUGUGGUCAUACUCUUCAUUUGACACAUACCUGGAAAUUGUAGUUUUUUAAGAUUAAGCUUUUUUAAGAAAUCAGAUGGCUCCUUGUAAUCCAUUUGUAAGAAUCUGUGUGGUCUUGUGACUUUUAAUGCAACUCAGUUUCUCUGAGUUUUGAAAUGAGAAGUGAAAUAUAGCCCAAUUGUUUUCUUUAUCUGUGGAACAAAUUGUAUGUGUCUAUGUGUAUGCUAUAUGUAAAACCAGGUUUCAUCUGUUGGAAAAUAAAAUUUUUCUUUCUUGGAACUGCA